AUGCCGUUGGAAAUGAAGUACACCCUGAUGCUGCAGAAGCCCUCCCAAUAUCUUCUUCCUGUCGUACAGAAUAUUCAGAAUACCGUAACAGCCGCUUAUCUACAAGGCCAAAUCAAAGUGUCAACAGCAAUAGAUACAACUCUUUUGGGCCCUAGUUUCCCUUCUUCAAAUGGGGCAUUCAGCAAUGCUGCGAAUUCAUUUAUUACCCUAAUAAUCACCUUUCUGGGCAACAAUGGAGCACUACUUCGUGUCAAUAUACACCCCUACGCCUAUAUUGGUGACCCUGCUAACAUAAAACUAGAAUAUGCCUUGUUCACUUCACCAGGGGUAGUGGUACAGGAUGGCAAUGGGUACCCGAACAUCUUUAAUGCUAUCUUGGAUACUCAUUACUCUGUUCUUGAAAAAGCAGGUGCACCCAAUACGGCGAUAGUUGUAUCCAAGAGUGGUUGGCCAUCUGAAGGUAGUGAUGCUACAAAUAUGUUUUAG